AUGGUCAAGAUCAGUCAUGGGGCAACCCUGUCAGCCCUGAGCAAUAAAAGGAGCUUCCCUUCUUUCCUGCGGACGGUGCCCAGCAACAUAUUUCAGAAUGUUGCUCUCUCUCAGCUAAUUGGCCAGUUUGGUUGGACUUGGGUUGGAAUGUUGGUGGUAGACAACGAUGUUGGGCAGCAGGGGGCCCAGGUCAUAAGAGCCGGCAUAGAGAUAAAUGGAGGCUGUAUUGCUUUUCAGGAGAAAAUCCAUCUGAGUUAUUCAGCCAGACAGAUCAAGAGAGUGGUGGAUGCCAUUAAAAGAAGCUCCAUCAAUGUGAUCAUUCUCCACAGCCCAGAGGUCCACAUGAAGGCCCUUCUAGAUGCCAUGUUUGAUGAAGGAGUGACUGGGAUCAAUUUCAUCUCUUCAGCUUCCUUUGGACUCACGCCGGGACUCUUCUCCAAGAAAGCUUGGAAGGUUCUGAAUGGGACUGUUGGACUCAUUCCUCGUACUGGCACCAUGCCAGGUUUUGAGGAGUUCAUCCUAAACCUUCAACCAACUGGUAACUCAACGUACCCAUUUAUUAGGCCAUUCUGGGAGAAAGCGUUCAGCUGCCACUUGCCUGAUGGAGAUACUGAGAAGUCCAAUUCUGUUAUGAAAGAAGACAUGCUUUGCACGGGGAAGGAAGAGUUUGGAAGCAGGUUUGCUCAGCUAUUUGAGACAAAUGACCUCAGUUACACUUAUCAUGCCUACCUGGCUGUGUAUGCCUAUGUACAUGCUCUGCAUUCACUGCUUGGUUGUCAUGCUGAAUCAAAUGGGUACUCUGAUAAUGGACUGUGUGCAAAUAUCAAAGAUGCUCAGCCUUGGAAGGUUCUCAGUUACCUCAAGAAAACCAAUUUCAACACAAAGUCUGGGGAGGUGAUGAAGUUUAAUUCUCAAGGGGACCUUCCAGCAUCAUAUGAUAUCAUGAACGUCCAGAUCCUCAAUGACAGCUUCAACCUGGUGAAAGUUGGGAGGUUUGACCCUGAGGCCAAACUGGGGGAGAAGAUCAGUCUGAACAUUAGCGCCAUCCUGUGGAAUGAUCCCCUUUUACAGGUUCCGAUCGCUGUCUGCAGUAACAGCUGUCGACCUGGAUACAGGAAAGCUAAUCUGCAAGGAAGACCCAUCUGUUGCUAUAACUGUCUCCCCUGUUCCAUGGGAGAGAUGACCAAUUAUACAGAUGCGGAUGAGUGUACCAGAUGUCCCUCAGAUCAGUGGUCCAAUGGUGAGAGGGAUAGUUGUGUCCCAAAAGUACUAGAGUUCCUCUCAUACGAUGAACCGCUGGGAAUCAUCCUGGUGAUAACAGUUAUCAUGUUGUCAAUCCUGACUCUGUGCAUCUUAAUUAUCUUCUUUAAAUAUCAGGACACACCCAUCAUCAAAGCCACCAAUAGGGAGUUGAGCUACAUCCUGCUGGUGUCGCUCGUUCUCUGCUUUCUCUGCUGUCUGGUUUUCAUUGGUCAGCCGACCACUUUCCGUUGUGUCCUGAGACAAACUUUUUUCAUCGUGGCCUUUUCCAUUAGUAUCUCCUCAGUCCUGGCUAAGACUAUCAUGGUGAUCCUUGCCUUUAAAGCCACAAGACUGAACAGUCCGUUGAGGAAAUGGAUGGGUCCCACCAUACCUCGUAACGUUGUAGGGCUCUGUUCAGUUUUGCAGAUCGGCAUUUGUUCCUUCUGGCUUCAUAGUUCCCCUCCAUUUCCGAUGCUGAAUACUGAGAUCGAGAGCCAUAAAAUAAUAUAUGAGUGUAAUGAAGGACAGAGAAUAUUUUUCUAUAUGACUCUGGGGUUCAUGGGCUUUCUGGCCAUGGUAAGUUUACUGGUGGCCUUCCUGGCAAGGAACCUUCCGGGAAGCUUCAAUGAGGCCAAACUGAUCACUUUCAGCAUGCUGGUCUUCUGUUGUGUCUGGAUUUCCUUCAUCCCGGCCUAUCUGAGCACCAAUGGCAAGUACACCGUGGCUGUUCAAAUAUUUGCUAUCUUGGCCUCCAGUGCGGGACUGCUAAGUUGUAUAUUCCUACCGAAAUGUUAUAUUAUCCUGCUGAGACCAGAAAGGAACAGUCGAGAGGUCUUAUCAGGCAGUAAAAAUAUGAAGAGUUUUGGUUAA